CGCCGAAUUUACCUCUGCUGAGCACUGAAUAUAUGCGUCAAACACAAUAUUUUUUGCCGAAGAAGGAGCUCAUGAAAAGACUGGAUGGGCAGCGCAUAUAUUAGUCAUUUACCAGAAAUGGAUGCACGACGGGCGGAGCGGGGAGCAUUGGUCCAGGGCAAGGUGGAUUCUUAGUGGUGCGGGUCAUGACAGAAGGCGGACUUGGCUCUACGUCGUCGACGGCGUAACAGCCCCUCCCGCUACACUUGCGUCAUGUGGUGCGUCCGCACAUCUUGCAGUGGCGGGUAUAUAAUCGUCUCCCUUCCGCUCCCCCAUCCUCCACUAUUUUCUUUCUGCUACGACCUUGACGACUAUUCUCACUACCAUUAACGCUUCGAAUUCACAAUGGACAAAACCGCUGCCGUUGUCGCCGCCCUCAAUGCCGGCAAGAUGCCUACCUCUGAGCAGCUCAGCCAGGCAUUCGAUGUCUUCCUCAACUCGGCGGUCCUAAAUGCGCACCCCACCGCGGAUGGAGGCGAGCUCAGCGAGCGAGGAAAAGUUCUCCAGAAUGAUGUUCGCGAAUUGCUGAUCGCGUACAAGCAGCUAGCGGAGAGCAAGAACGGCGACAACCUCAUUCAGGAGUCGCUAUGGCAUCUAUCCGAGGCCGAUAUCUCCUCCUCUUCGUCUGUUAUGGAUGUUGACUCCGACCAGGCACACCAAGAUUCACUCGCUAUUGCACGCGCCAUCCGCAAACUCACAUCCCUCAUAUGGGAGAAUAUUUCCCAGGAAGGACGCUCCGUCUUUCAUGACUUUGCUUCGUUCAUGCGCCUCGCACUCGCCGACGCCGCUGAGUAUGUUGCCCAGGGUGCUGGUGCGACCGCCGAGUCUCUGCGCGAGAUCGAUAGUGAGGUGCAGGAGGGCGAGCGCAAUGAGCUCGGGUUCAAGAAGCACAAGGCGGGCGAUGUGGCCGACCAGACUGAUGCACGCGCCAAGUUCGAGAAGACUAUGGACUCGACGAAGAAGGCCGGCUCGAAGGCAAUCGGUGCCGGCCAGGUCGCGAUUGCGACUGCGCAAGACGUUACGAACCGCGCCAGCACGAGGCUCCAGGACGCGUUCUACAAAAUCUGUGACCGUGCACAAGACGAUGAAGAGUAUCACUCCGCAAUUAAUACUCUUUUCGACAUCAUACACAAGUGGGUGCAUCGUUCACUUGAUUCGGCUGGUGAUGUCAACCGUUCGACCUCCCUUGACACCUUUAUCGACGAUCCUACACCCGAGAAGCACCUCGUCAAUGGCAUCCGCGGCCUCCGCACGGUCCUCGAGCGUCUCGCCGGCGGCGAGAGCCUCGAUGACUUGUUCGGCACGGUCCGUGUAUGCGGCGUCGACAUUCAGAAAGACGAGGAGCUCCGCAAAUGGUGCGACGACUUUCUCGCGCACCUGCGCAAGUGUAUAGACGAACCAGGCCACGUGCGUAGCGAUGAGGCGAAAGAGACUCAGGAGCAGCUCCGGGAAGAGUGGAAGGAGCUCCUCGACACGGACACAGAACAGGGAAGGAAGUGGAAGGAGGACAUCAGAAGACUCAAGGAGGAGGCGAACGUGUUCCAGAGCGCAAUCGAUCAGGACAAGGAGCUGAAGCGGGUCAAGCGCGCGCAUGCGAAACUCGGUGAGGACAUCGAGGACAGUCUUCUUGUUGCGGGGAGUGCUGGCCUCCAGGCGACCAUGGACAAUGCGCCGUGGUUCUGGCAGGACCUCUUCAACGUUUACUUGCCCAAAGCCGUCGGUAUGCUCAAGGAUAUCCCCAUCCCAAGAACCGAGUAUGCGGACAAUGAGGUCGAAUUUGUUCUCGAGGAUCUCGACAUUUCGUCGUUCAACCUUCUUCCUGGGCAUGCAUACAUUCGUAACAUCACCGACAUCGACAUCCAGGCACCAUCGAGCGGUCAGGCCAGCACUUCUGUCGGCUCCCUCACUCGCGUGUAUGUCCAGGCUCUUCAGCUUUCUCUGCGCGAAGUCUCGUUCUACUACAAUGACAAGACUACCUCGGUCGGCCCUGCAGAGUACACUGGAUUGCUGGAAUUCAUUCUCCCGCCUCAGGGAAUCGACGUCGACGUUGUGAUCCGCUCCAUUCCCAACUCUCCCGAGGGUCUGAAGGAGCGUCAACAACAUAAUCGAUUUCUCGAGAUCCAACGCGUCGAAGCACGGGUCUCUGAGCAGGUCGAGCUCACGAUCAAAGAGAGUAACCAUCCGAUCCUUGUCUCCGUCUUCAAGCCCGCCAUGCUCUCGCGGUUCCGCGAUACACUUCGCACAGUCCUCGAGCAGCAGAUUCGUGCGUCGAUCGACUGGGUCGAUGGGCUCAUGUGGGAUGUCGGUCGUCGUGCAGAGGUGUUUGGCGACGCUGGCCUCGGGCGCGGCGCGAGUCUCGUCGCGGGCUUCUGGAGUGAACUUGGGCAUCUGCAAAAGGGCAGGCGUUCCCUGCUCAGUGAGUGGACUGCAACGGGCACCGGCGUGAUCAAGCAGGACAAAGACUCAAAGUUCGCCAUGGGAGCGGAGCCACAGGUACUGUCGGGCGAGAAGCGUGGGCCGAAGGGCACGUUUUCCGAAAGUAUGGCAGAGCCACAGGACAUCGGUCAGAAAGCGGCGCAGGCGAAGGGCGUCGUGCAGCAAGUGAAGGAGACGGCGAAACAGAAGGUGCAGAAAGUCAAGAGCUUUAAGGAUGCGGUGAGCACGAAGAUCGAGGAAGAGGAGAGUAGGGAGGGAUGGCAGAGCGCAGCAUUCAAUGUCGCGUGAGCUCGGUCGGGUUUGCUUUGGGAGAGAACUUGAGAGGGUUUGCGAUUGUACAGUAUAGUCCGCAAAAUGUAUGAUACCGUUUUUGUAUUUGUGUCAGCUCGUUGAACAAUGUCAUAUCAUUCAUAUUACACCGUAUGCGGUCCAUCUACAUAGCCUACAGAGUCCCCAAAGCGAAAUUGAGUAAGAUAUAUGCCGUCCCCUACAUUAUUCACGGUCGAUCUGAAUCCAUUUGCACCCGCCAACGUCCUUACAUUCGCACUUACCGCCGAGACUGGCAGGCAGGCUCUCGGCAUCGAUGUGCUCGAGAAGUACGGGGUGGUAUUCC